AUGUCUUAUCAUCAGGUUGGGUUACUUGCCAUUUCAUUCAUGGAAAAGUUUCGUGAAAAAUAAUCAAUUAUAGAAAGUGUCUCCUUCAAGGCCACCUUAAAAAAAUGAUCCUUUUUUUACAAAACGUUUUUUUAAAUUUUUUUCUCGUUUGCAACAAAAAGUAUAUUUCAAAAUAAAAGAUAGAUGAAAGAGUUUUUCUCGUUAAUAGUAGGGAGAAUAAAACUCAUUAUAUAAAAACAAAAAAAUUUGAAAUUAGCCAAGAAGGACAAUCGCCAAACGAAAAGAAAUAGACCAUCCCGGAUUCCUUGGUUUUUUUUUGUUAUGAACUGAAGAAUGGAACAACUUACUUCAGCUAGUCGAAGCUCAACGCGAACAUUUUCACUCGGGAGCCACGAGAAGUCUUGAAAAUAGGAAGGAGACGCUGAAAAAUUACCGAGCUUUGCUUUCUGAGAACAGUCAACAGCUUCACGACGCCAUCUACCAGGACCUGCAUCGCGUCUGUCGUUUUUAAGCGAGUGAAAAUGAAAAAGAAGAUUUCAGGUGAGCGAUGAGGCACACGCUGGCAUCCGAAACAUUGACGAGCUUCUCGGAGGCAAGAUGGAGGAAUGGGGGAAACCAGUAGAGGUGAGGGUGGUUCUUCCCGAAUUCAGUCUAAUGUUAUCCAGGUUGGAGUCGAGACACCAUUUGACAAAAACCAAGACAAGGCCUACAUCGUACGCGAGCCUCUCGGAGUUGUGUUGGUCAUUUCGCCAUGGAAUUUCCCACUAAUUUGCUCUCUCCCUUCGAUUUCUGCACUGGCCAGCGGUACCUGCUUUUUCCAUAUAUUUUCAACAGAAGGGUUCGAGGCAACACCGUCAUCCUCAAAACUUCCGAACUUGCUCCGCACUACUCGAAAACAAUGACAGCGCUGGUCAAAAAGUAUUUUGCACCGGUAAAGAUGCCAACCGCCUUGGAUCUACUCGAAACCACAAUUCUUGACAGGAAGUUUUCACUGUGGUCGAAGGAGCUGUGCCAGAAGUUACCGAACUUCUACAAGAGCGAUUUGACCACAUAAUGUACACAGGAAACCCGACGGUCGGCAAAAUAAUCAUGACCGCUGCCGCCAAAAAUCUUACGCCUGUCACACUUGAGCUUGGAGGAAAAAAGUUUUUGGAAAUGAGUCUGAAAGAAAAAUAAACGUUUUACAGUCCUGUUCUUGUUGAGCCCGAUGCAGAUCUCGAGGAUACGGCAAAGAAAAUCGUUUUCUCGAAGAUGUUCAACUGUGGCCAAAUCUGCCUGUCUUCAGACUACGUAAUAUUUUGAGAGUGGAACCGAUGUCAUCUAAGAUCAGGUGUUAACAACAGCUGAAACAAAACCGAAAUUAGUCGAGGCCUUGGCCAAAGUUUACAAAGAAGCUUCGCCGCUCAAAGACAACAAAGGUUUUGCCAGAAUCAUCCACGAACGUCAUUUCGAGUGAGAAUAACUAGAACAAUCGGUGACUAAGAAAAUUGGUUCAGUCGUCUUUCCACGCUCCUUUCAAAAACCAAUGGAGAAUUGCUAUUCGAAGCCGAAGAAAGACAGAAUCGCGAAGAAAAGUUCCUGCCACCUCGGGUGUACGGUAUCAAGGAAGAUGACGCCCUCAUGAGCGAAGAGGUUCUUUUUUCUUCGAAUGGAGGCCGUCAAAGCCGUUUAAACCAAAGAUUUUCGGCCCCAUCCUGCCUAUAAUCACAGUCAAAGACUUUGACGAAUCCUUGAAGUUCGUCAAAACACACGAAAAACCUCUGGGUGCCUACAUUUUCACCAAAGAUCCGAAGAAAGUGAGAUAUUGAGCAAUUGUGAGGUCACAAAUGUGUCACUUGAGGCGGAUCGCUUUGUGCGCGAAACAUACAGCGGCGGUGUGACCAUCAAUGACGUCAUGAAACACGCUUUCAGUUAGUUAUUUUUAUUCAAAAACUGGUUUAAAGUUCAAUCUCAGUGACUAAUGUUCCUUUUGGCGGCGUCGGAAACAGUGGAAUGGGCAAAAUCCACGGCCGUCACGGCUUCCAGGCCUUCACCCACGAGAAAGUCGUCCUCGUCCGCAACGAUCUUGACAUCCAACUUUAA